UGUCCUAAAAAACCAGAUGUAAAACACAGUGAAAUGCCUUAGCUUUCUCCGCUUGACUGUUACUACUUCUCUUCUUCACUCUCUCUCUCUCUCUCUCUAUCUAAAAACCCUUUGCUCCGAUUAACAGCUUUGAACCCAUUUUCUCUCUUGCCACCAAAUUGCUUUUCCAAGAUCAAGAAACGAUCUUUCAGAUUGUUUUUGAAAAUUUUUCUUAAUUAUUUGUUUCUGUAUUUGUGUUUAUGGCUCUUCAUUCAACGGUUUUCUGCAUCGGCACUGGUGUGACUUCGUUCCCUAGAAAUUCAUUGAGUUUUGGUCACCGGACUGUGAGAGCCUCGGGGUUUUCUACUUCACCACUUGCUUCAUUUCCCAGAUUGAAUGUGCGAGGUAAAUCAUUUCCAGGAGAUGGGGUGCCUGAAUCAAAGGAAUCACCACAUGUGGUUUGUUUCGGAGAAUUGCUGAUUGAUUUUGUCCCAACUGUCAGCGGACUUUCAUUGGCCGAAUCAACUGCAUUUAAGAAAGCUCCAGGAGGAGCACCUGCUAAUGUUGCUGUUGGCAUCGCUCGUCUUGGUGGUUCAUCCGCUUUUAUUGGGAAGGUUGGUGAAGAUGAAUUUGGAUACAUGCUUGCUGAUAUAUUGAAGGAGAACAAUGUAAAUAACGAAGGCUUGCGUUUUGAUCCUGGUGCACGAACUGCUUUGGCAUUUGUUACACUAAGGAGUGAUGGGGAACGUGAGUUCAUGUUUUAUCGUAAUCCAAGUGCUGAUAUGUUGCUUCGGGAAGAGGAACUUGAUUUUGAUUUGAUUAGGAAGGCAAAAAUCUUUCACUAUGGUUCCAUAAGUCUUAUUACAGAACCAUGCAAGUCAGCCCACAUUGCUGCAGCAAAAGCUGCAAAGGAUGCUGGUGUGGUUGUGUCCUAUGAUCCCAACCUGAGGCUUCCAUUAUGGCCUUCUGCAGACAGUGCCAGAGAAGGAAUUUUAAGUAUAUGGGACAUUGCUGAUAUUAUAAAGAUAAGCGAAGAGGAGAUUUCUUUUCUGACAAAAGGAGAAGAUCCAUUUGAUGAAAAUGUCGUUCGCAAAUUGUACCAUCCAAAUCUUAAAUUGCUGCUUGUCACCGAGGGCCCAGAUGGUUGCAGAUAUUACACCAAGGAUUUCAGUGGUAGAGUGAAAGGCUUAAAGGUAGAUGCCAUAGACACCACUGGUGCUGGGGAUGCGUUUGUAGCUGGAAUAUUAUCACAACUAGCAGUCGACCUCUCCUUGCUUCAGAAAGAGGACAAACUGAGAGAUGCUCUGAAAUUUGCUAAUGCUUGUGGUGCAUUGACCGUGACGGAGAGAGGAGCAAUUCCAGCUUUACCAACUAAAGAAGCUGUGCUGAAUGCCAUGCUCAAAUCUGUAGCCUAAAUUUAGGCAACAAUUGAUAUACUACUGUACAUGUUCCGGACAGACAGUUAAAACAGCCAUGAAGAGGCAGGUGAAAAUAAAAAUUUAAUUUGAAUAUUUUUAGUUCUUCUGUUCAGUUCAUGUUGUUGUUAGAUAAUUACCGUAAACUCGCUGCUGUCAUUACUUAGAUUGGAAAGAUUAAGUCACUCUUGUCUUGAUGAAUAAUUUCUGAUGUCCAUGAAUCAAGUUUAAGGGGAUUACAUCUACCUA